AUGUCAGCAUUGUUCAAACUGAUGACAGGCUAUUGGCUUUGGAUGUUUCCAGAUGCUGAAACAGAAAAUAAUUCAAGACUAUACAAAAAAAGAAAACAGCCAAGAAAAAAUAAGCAGCGGCAGAGAGGAAUGAAGGACACUGGCAUCAGAGAUACUGAAAUAAAGAACCAGUCUGCUAUGAUGGAGUUUAUACUGGCCGGUCUCACUAGCUCUGCAGAAUUACAGACACUUCUCUUUGGGGUAUUUGCAUUCAUCUAUGCUACUGCUUUAGUUAGUAACCUCCUCCUCAUCUUUACCAUAUGCACUUCCAGGAAACUCCACACUCCUAUGUACUUCCUGCUCAUCAAUUUGUCCCUAGUGAAUGUAUUUUCUAUCUCAGCUACAACUCCAAAAUUGCUCCAGACUCUUUGGAUCCACAGAAACACCAUCUCUUUCCAUGGCUGCAUUACACAGUUGUAUCUAUUCAUAUGGUGUUUGUCAACAGAGCUUUUUCUCCUUUCAUUUAUGGCUUUUGACCGUUAUGCUGCUAUCUGCCAUCCUUUGCAGUACACAGUCAUCAUGAGGAAGGAAGUGUGUGUUGGCAUAGCCAGUGUAGUGUGGGUAGCUGGGAUUGUCAAUUCUUCUGUCCAUACUGGACUUCUGCUGCAGCUGUCCUUCUGCAGUUAUAACAUCAUCAAUCAUUUCUACUGUGAUCUUCCCCCACUUUUAAAGCUCUCAUGCUCUGACACCAGCCUAAAUGAGAUUAUGUCUUUUGUGGCAGAUGUGUUUUAUGCUAUUUGUACCUGUGGGUUGACUCUAACAUCUUACUUCUUUAUCCUGAGAGCUAUCUUCAGAAUCCGUUCCACUGAAGGGAAGAAGAAAGCUUUCUCCACAUGUUCCUCCCAUCUCAUUGUAGUCAGUUUUUUCUUCUCUUCAGUCAUUUACACAUAUGCAGGUAUAAAGCCCAACGCGGACAACUCUCUAGACAAAGACAAAUUUGUUUCUCUCCUUUAUUCAGUGGUAACACCAGUUGUUAAUCCACUCAUAUAUUCUCUGAGAAACAAAGAAGUAAAAGAGGCACUCAAGGCAAUUAUUGGAAGAGGCAGGCUGCUCUGGAAACCUCAAGUCUGA